AUGUCGUCGAUCCCCCGAACAUUCGCACGGUUGUUGGUCGCUGCCAGUUUCCUCCGACCAGCUUCCGCCGCGAACUCGAAGCGCGGUCUCGUGUUUACACCGAACGAGUCUACGAGAAAGGAUGAUCAGAUAUGGGUCGAGACACCAACGACGAUAAAAUGGUACUACAAUUAUCAACCUGGGCCUGACCCGACAUACAAAGACAUUCCCCAAUCCCAACUGGAGUUUGUGCCUAUGUUAUGGGGCGCUCCGGAUCCCACCUCCAAAACCUCCUUCCUCGACACUGUGAGGGCCAUGAUCGAAGACCAGGGGGUUAACAUCACCAAUGUACUUUCGUUCAAUGAACCCGACGGGUCUUUUGCAUACGGCGGGAGUGAUAUGGAGCCUUCUGUCGCGGCGCAGGCCUGGGUGAACAACCUUGUCCCGCUCCAAGAGAUGGGUGUCCGCGUCGGGUUGCCGGCUUGCACGGGGGGUACAUCUGGGAUCCCAUGGCUCCGCAACUUCUUGGACGAGUGUUCCAAGCUCAUUAGCACCAGUGAUAGCCCACGGAAUUGCACUUAUGACUUUGUGACGAUUCAUUGGUAUGGAAACUUCGAAGGGCUGGCGAGCCACAUGGGGGAAUAUUCGGCUGCCUUCCCCAAUAAGACCAUGUGGAUUACCGAGUACAAUCUGAACGACCAGGACCUGGCGACGACUCAAACCUUUUACAAUCAGUCGGCUGAGUAUUUUGACCGGCUCGACUUUGUGGAGCGUUAUUCCUACUUCGGAGCGUUUCGAAGUGAUGUGUCGAAUGUCGGUCCGAACGCGGCCAUGCUCAGCAACAACGGUAGCUUGACGGAUAUUGGAGCCUGGUAUCUCGGUCGCCCGGCCACCGGAAUCGACCCCACGUCGUCAAGCAGCUUCCGCUCCAUGCCCCCCAUAGGAAGGUUUCAAGUCCCCGAAACCUGUAACACUGAGUGA